AUGGACUCAGCAAGCGAAUUCGUAACUUGCGAUGCGAGAAUAUUUGGACUUCUCGUGCCUAAUGGUUGCAAUUACAUGGAUAUGGUUGAGAUGAUAUCAUCGGGGUUGAAGAUUAAUACCAGUAAUUCUAUCUCGAAAAUAGAGUAUGAUGUUGGUGGAAAUAUGGCUCCAGUGAGGAUUGCAAAAUAUCGCAGUACACACUACCUGGAAAAUAUUGCCAAGCUUGUGAGGGCAGAGCUUGCUCCAAGGGAUGUCGUGUCCAGAAGCAUAGACGAUCAGCUCAAGAAACGUGACGAGAAGUAUGUGCUUCUUGACAUUAGUCACAAGCCCAGAGAAAUCAAGAGCCAAUUCUGA